AUGAUGCAUCCAUUCUUUUCAGCAGCUAGAAACUCAACUAGGGUUGCGUCGAUGAGAUCGAUGUUGACCAGGAGUUUCGUUUCCAAACCUCAAUUUGUCAACACCAGAAUUAUGUCCACUGGAACCAUGAUGCCUAAGAUGAAGUUAUUUGUGGGGUCAGUAGGGGCUUUUUAUUUGGCUAACAAGCUUCAAUCUAGAUCGACUAUCUUAAAUGAUGCUGUUUUUGCUGGAAAUAGAGGAAUAACUACCCAGCCACCUGUUGUACAAGAACAGAAAGUGAUCAAAUCGAGGUUUGGGGGAAAAUUGGACUACCAGGAAUUGACUAUUGGUUCAAUUACAGGGUUGUUCUUAGGGAUACUUGCAGGAAAAUUAAGCUCUGCAAUUGUAUUCUUGACGUUAUCAGGCUACCUUUUGACCCAAUUUUUAGAGAAUAGGGGUAUUAUCACCAUUCCAUGGAGACAGUUUGUCAAUAUUGGGUCUGAAAAAAUUGACGUCAAGAGAUUGGUGUUGAACCAACCUAGUUUUAAGAUAUCAUUUGUAUUGACAUUUUUAAUCGCCGCAUUCAAUGUAUAA